AGGAACUGAUUGGUGAGGUUGCCGGAAAGCUCCACACUGGAAGAAGUAGGAAUGAUCAGGUUGUUACAGACAUGAGACUGUGGUUACGAGACUCUUGCUCAACACUCUACACCCAUUUAACUCAUCUAAUCCAAACCAUGGUAGAGAGAGCAGCCAUAGAAGUCAACAUACUCUUUCCAGGAUAUACCCACAUGCAAAGGGCUCAACCUAUACGUUGGAGUCACUGGAUACUAAGUCAUGCAGUAGCUUUGUCCAGGGAUGCUGAGAGACUGGGAGAAGUGAAGAAGCGGGUCAACAUUUUGCCUCUGGGCAGUGGCGCAAUAGCUGGUAAUCCAUUGGGAGUAGACAGAGAACUUCUUCGCAAAGAACUACACUUUGACUCCCUCAGCCUCAACAGUAUGGAUGCAACCAGCGAGAGAGACUUUAUAGCUGAGUUUCUGUUCUGGGCCUCUCUGUGCAUGACUCACCUUAGUAAAAUGUCAGAAGAUCUUAUUAUCUACAGCACAAAGGAAUUUGGCUUUGUAACUUUGUCUGACUCUUACAGCACUGGAAGCAGCUUAAUGCCUCAAAAGAAGAAUCCUGACAGUUUAGAACUGAUUCGUGGUAAAACUGGACGUGUUUUUGGACGAUGCUCUGGGUUCCUAACAACACUAAAAGGACUUCCAAGCACAUACAAUAAGGAUUUGCAAGAGGAUAAAGAGGCUAUGUUUGAUGUGUAUGACACAGUAUGUGCAGUCCUUCAGGUGGCAUCUGGUGUAAUUGCUACAUUGCAGAUAAACAAAGAAGCAAUGGAAAAAGCUUUAAGCCCAGAUAUGCUUGCCACUGACAUUGCCUAUUACUUGGUCAGGAAAGGGAUGCCCUUCAGACAAGCUCAUGGAGUCUCUGGAAAAGUGGUACAGCUUGCAGAAACCAAGGGAAUUUCUGUCGAUAAACUUUCAUUAGAAGACAUGAAGAGCAUCAGCCCUCUGUUCAGUGGUGAUGUUUCAAAAGUGUGGGACUAUACAAACAGUGUGGAGCAGUACACUGCAGCAGGAGGUACAGCUAAGAGCAGUGUGCUUGUGCAAAUUGAACAGCUGAGAACUUGGAUGAAGACCCACAGUAUAUAAUUGUUAAAUAACCUUAACUGAACAAAGCCAGCUGAAUAAAAAUAUUUUAAUAUAGAAGCAUUUAAA